UCUGCCUUUGUUCUUUUUUCGGGAAGCUUUUUUAUUGCGUUUGACCGACGAGAAAAAUCAAGUUACAUAUAGAAGAGGAGACGAUGAAAUUUUGAGAUACAGGAAAGGAAAAAAUGAGUGGGGUUUCAGCUUCAGCUUCAGCUUCCCCACCUACUUUUUCUUCUUCACCGUCUAUACGCCAAUCUACGAGUUACUACCAUGCGUCGAACUCCCUCUUUCCUCGUACUCUAUCUUUCUCUAAUGUCGAGUUUAGAGGUCUCAGAUUUUCUGGAGUGGAAGGACCUCAUAGAGUCAGAAUAUGCUGCAAUAGCAGCACCCAACCUGGCGGUUCUGGCUCUGGUGAUAGCGAGAGCAGGAGUAUUCUGGAUGCAUUUUUCUUGGGAAAAGCUGUAGCAGAAGCCCUAAAUGAGCGUAUUGAAUCUACAGUUGGGGAGUUCUUGAGUUCAAUUGGUAGGCUGCAAGCUGAGCAACAAAAGCAAGUGCAGGACUUCCAGGAUGAGGUGCUGGAAAGAGCAAAACGAGCCAAGGAGAAAGCAGCAUUGGAGGCCAUGGAGGCGCAAGGCAUCGUUUCCUCCAAGUCUUCUACAGUAAAUACAACACCAGUCACAAAUUCUGUUAAUUCAGUUACUUCACCCUCGGGUCUGACUACGCCAACAGCACAGUCGGAGCAGGAUGUCUCAAACAAGGAGGAAACUAUUACAGGGGUGUCAAAUGAUGACUGAUUUGUGACUUUGCUGGAAUCUAUGCAAUGAAUUUUUAUCGUGACAUAGGCCGACCCUUUCAACAAAUUAGUCUUCAUAAUUUCCUAUAUCAAAUUUUCAUUUAUGCUGCCAGAUAUGUAUGAUUAAAAACCCAGCACAUAAGCUUUGGAACUUAAGCCUUCCAGUUUCAAGUACAUACUCUCCCUUUCUCUUA